UAGUGCUUUUGUUUUCCAGCUCUACGGCUCUGACAGCUUCGCAUAUGGGUUUCCCAUAUUUUUUAUUCUUCUCGGAGUAACUGCCGGACUGAAAGCCCAGAAAGCAUCUGAGAAAAUGAAGCCGAAAGCUGCAAGCGACAAAGACAAGACUUCCGCUAAUCUCGCUGGGACUAAGAAGAGGAAGACUGCGGCUAUAAACAGGAAUACCCGCAAUGUAGACACCAAUAACGGAGAGAAGCAGAAGGGCGCAUCGGUGGUGGCCUCCGAGGGAAAUGAACUGCAGAAGAAACUGGACAUUCAGAUGGCCUUAUCGGAGGAGCUUCAGGAGAAAGUCGCGCUAAUGGAGCAGGAAAAAGAAGAGAUUCUAAAGGAGAACAAGGCCCUCGUGGAGAAAAAAAAUGUGUUGUCCCGAGCAAGUAUCAAGCUAACAAAUAUUCGCAAUGCCAAUAUGUGUGGUAUUUGCGCUGCGCCAAUCGAUGCAGAGGGCGAACACCGUAUGGUGGCCAUGAAGUGUGGCCAUAUUUUCGGGGACAACUGCAUUCGCCGCCGCUGGGGGGACCGUCUGGAUUGUAUCCACUGCAUGAAGAUAACUUGGCGUCACGAGCUUCGCUACAUCUAUGGCCUUACUGCCCUGUGCCAUCGUUCAAGAUAUUCGGCCUUCGAAGAUUUAAGUGAUGAGGAUUAAGGGAUUCUACAAGAUUCUCCAAUAAACCGAUUCAAUGAGCAAAAUUAAAA